AUGUUAAUAAUCAUUGGUAACACGGGCGGCUUCGCCCUAAGCAAACCAUCCACGAAUAACCCAGUCAAUGAUAUGCAUCUGAAUGGAGAGGCUUCUGAAAAUUGUGAGACUGAAUGCAAUAAUGACUUCACCCAAGCCACUGAUGUUGAGGUCAAGCAGAUAAUUCAUACAAGUAAUGGAGAUGUUAAUAAAGACUCAGACUUCUCGUGUCAGUUCUGUUCUAAAGUACAACUGCGUCACAUAUCUUGUUCGUACCCUGUCAAGACUCCCUCCAAGCCCGCUCGCUCGUGUCCGUUGUGUUCCAAGUCAUACACCAGCUACACAAACCUCAAGGAUCACAUGAGAACACACACCGGUGAGAGACCGUUUGUGUGCUCCGACUGUGGGAAAGCUUUUGGAAGUAAAAAGAUAUUGACUGAUCACAUAAGAAUACAUACAGGUGUGAAGCCGUACAUGUGUCCAAUGUGUGGGAAACAGUUCACAACCAACAAGCUGUCGGCCCACAUGAAAGCACACGAGGGACGAGCUUCUACCACAACCACGACCACCACGACCACAACAACCACGACCACGGAGCGAGGACGACACGCGUGUACGAUACUGCGUCACAUAUCUUGUUUGUACCCUGUCAAGACUCCCUCCAAGCCCGCUCGCUCGUGUCCGUUGUGUCCCAAGUCAUACACCAGCUACUCUAACCUCAAGGAUCAUAUGAGAACACACACCGGUGUGAAACGGUACAUGUGUCCAGUGUGUGCGAAACAGUUCACUACCAACAAGCUGUCGGCCCACAUGAAGACACACGAGGGACGAGCUCCUACCACAACCACGACCACGACCACCACGACCACGGAGCGAGGACGACACGCGUGUACGAUGUGUGUAGCGAGAUACAACCACAAGCAGUCACUCAACAAACACAUACGGAACACUCACGGACUGGUUGUCAAUGAUGUACAUCUGAAUGGAGAGGCUUCUGAAAAUUGUGAGACUGAAUGUAAUAAUGACAUCACACAAGCAAGUGAUGUUGAGGUCAAGCAGAUAAUUCAUACAAGUAAUGGAGAUGUUAAUAAAGACUCAGACUUCUCGUGUGUCAUGUCAAAGUGUCAAGACACACGAGGGACGAGCUCCUACCACAACCACGACCACCACGACCACGGAGCGAGGACGACACGCGUGUACGAUGUGUGUAGCGAGAUACAACCACAAGCAGUCACUCAACAAACACAUACGGAACACUCACGGACUGUCAAUGAUGUACAUCUGAAUGGAGAGGCUUCUGAAAAUUGUGAGACUGAAUGUAAUAAUGACAUCACACAAGCAAGUGAUGUUGAGGUCAAGCAGAUAAUUCAUACAAGUAAUGGAGAUGUUAAUAAAGACUCAGACUUCUCGUGUCAGUUCUGCUCUAAAGUAUUUACUCGGAAGUUUAAUCUGAAGUUACAUGAACUGCGUCACAUAUCUUGUUCAUACCCUGUCAAGACUCCCUCCAAGCCCGCUCGCUCGUGUCCCUUGUGUUCCAAGUCAUACACCAGCUACACGAACCUCAAGGAUCACAUGAGAACACACACCGGUGAGAGACCGUUUGUGUGCUCCGACUGUGGGAAAGCUUUUGGAAGUAAAAAGAUAUUGACUGACCACAUAAGAAUACAUACAGGUGUGAAGCCGUACAUGUGUCCAGUGUGUGGGAAACAGUUCACUACCAACAAGCUGUCCGCCCACAUGAAGACACACGAGGGACGAGCUCCUACCACAACCACGACCACCACGACCACAACAACCACGACCACGGAGCGAGGACGACACGCGUGUACGAUGUGUGUAGCGAGAUACAACCACAAGCAGUCACUCAACAAACACAUACGGAACACUCACGGACUGAGUCACAUAUCUUGUUUGUACCCUGUCAAGACUCCCUCCAAGCCCGCUCGCUCGUGUCCGUUGUGUUCCAAGUCAUACACCAGCUACACAAACCUCAAGGAUCACAUGAGAACACACACCGGUGAGAGACCGUUUGUGUGCUCCGACUGUGGGAAAGCUUUUGGAAGUAAAAAGAUAUUGACAGACCACAUAAGAAUACAUACAGGUGUGAAGCCGUACAUGUGUCCAGUGUGUGGGAAACAGUUCACUACCAACAAGCUGUCCGCCCACAUGAAGACACACGAGGGACGAGCUUCUACCACAACCACGACCACCACGACCACAACAACCACGACCACGGAGCGAGGACGACACGCGUGUACGAUGUGUGUAGCGAGAUACAACCACAAGCAGUCACUCAACAAACACAUACGGAACACUCACGGACUGAAUCCUUCCGCGGUGUGUAAGAGGAAUGACAUGGUCGGGUUCACUUGA